GUCAUUCUAGCUGCCUACUGCCUCCGCAGCGUCCCUCUAGCUCUCUCUGUACUAAUUUGCCUGUGCCUUAGACAGACGGGUGGCGCAAAGCAGAAGGAUUAGUUGGGACCUGCUUUGGUUGACCCCAUGGCAUCUCCUAGAACCGUAACUAUUGUGGCCCUCUCAGUGGCCCUGGGACUCUUCUUUGUUUUCAUGGGAACUAUCAAAUUGACCCCCAGGCUCAGCAAGGAUGCCUACAGUGAGAUGAAACGUGCUUACAAGAGCUAUGUCCGAGCCCUUCCUCUGUUGAAGAAAAUGGGCAUCAAUUCCAUUCUUCUGCGGAAAAGUAUUGGUGCCCUUGAAGUGGCCUGUGGCAUCGUCAUGACCCUUGUGCCUGGGCGUCCCAAAGAUGUGGCGAACUUCUUCCUGCUCUUGCUGGUGUUGGCAGUGCUGUUCUUCCACCAGCUGGUUGGUGAUCCUCUAAAACGCUAUGCCCAUGCUCUGGUGUUUGGAAUCCUGCUCACUUGCCGCCUGCUGAUUGCCCGCAAGCCUGAGGAUCGGUCUUCUGAGAAAAAGCCCUUGCCUGGCAGUGCUGAGGAACAACCCUCCUUGUAUGAGAAAGCCCCACAGGGCAAAGUGAAGGUGUCUUAGGAACAUGGAAGUGCAAAAAGUGGAACUUCCAGGCAGUUGCCUCUAUGACACCCAGGAAGAUCUCAGUGUGUGAUUUUCAUUUGAUGUAUUUAUCUUGGGGAAAAAAAGAAAAAAAAUACAAUCUGCAAGUUAACUGGCUUGUGUAUAUCUAUACCCUAAAAUGACCUCUCCACAUUGACAUUUGUGCACCACCUUUAAUUGCUCACAUCUUGCUGCAUGUACAUGUAUAUGGCAACUAUUGAAGUGAAUUUGUGAGAAGGACUCCAGCAAGCAUGUGACUGUGAGAUUAUGUGUGGGAAAAUGUAUUUAACUACUGUGUGUGUGUGGGUGUGUGUGUGUGUGUGUACACAUGCACACAUGGAAAAGGCUCUCAUCUUGAACUAGUCCUGCAAAGGUAUCCUUCCCUUUAUAAAUUGAUCCAUUAAGGGUUGAAUAAAAGAACCCUCUUAUAAAAAGAAUCCUAGUAUAAUACAAAGGACAUGUUCCCAUAUGGGGAGGGGACCCCUCUCUAGCUUAAGCUGAAAUUUAAACUCACCACCUUAGGAAAAGAGGUCCUUUGAUUAGCCACCUCUUCAACAGUUAUCUAAGCUUGAAAUAUUCCACACCAAGCUUAAUUAAAACAAGGGAUAUAUGCAGUUAAUAGGUAGUCUACUUCCUCAAGUGAUAAAUAGGAGGUUUUGCCUUGCCUAUGUCUGAGCCCAAGCUAAACUGAGCUCUUUUGCUAACAGUUUGAAAUGUAAGCAGUAAUUUUGUUACCAGAUAUCUUCAGAUGUUUUUCAAGUCCAAAGCUGCCUCACUUCUACUGUUCUCAGGAGCUAACCAGGAUCUGGCAGCUGCUCCAUGUCCAAAACUGAGGCAGCUAGGAUUGGUCCUAUUAGAAGUCUGAAUCUCAAGCAGUAGCUGUUCUCUGAAACCUGAAAUUUAACACAGGAGCCACAUCCAGUCAAACAAAUUCACUACUAUUGAUUCUUUACUGAAAUUUGCUAAUAAAUAGAGUCCAAAUCAUCCCGUAGCUACUUCCUUUACACUUCUCUAUUGUUCCAGUGGGUGCAGCUCAACUGAGGGAAGGACGUUUGACAUGGGUUAGUUGGAUUGAGCAGUAUGAAAAUUUGCUUUCUUCAUUACAUACUGCUGUUUCUCCCUGCUAAAUGUGCUUUGAUGGUUUUCAUAUUAUUGUGCCAGGGAUGGGAAAGGGGUGGUUUUGUGUGUGUGUGUGUGUGUGUGUGUGUGGUGUAUGUGUGUGUGUGUGUGUGUGUGUGUGUGUGUGUGUAGAGUACUUAUUAUUGUGUUUUCUUCAGUGUAAUUGGUCUUGGUAAUUAAUAACUGUUGUCUUUCUCUCAUUCUUUCAAAAUAAAGAUUUUUGAACUUUGGA